AAUUUUAAACUAUCGUCCUUCUCAGUGAUGGCGGCUUCGUUUCGUUCUCUCCCUGCAAACUGUAAUAACAAAUGGUACUACACCCGAGAACAGAUCGACAACAGCCCAUCUCGGCGAGCUGGACUUGAUCCUGACAAGGAGCUGUCCUACAGACAACAGGCGGCGAACCUGCUCCAGGACAUGGGACAGCGGCUCAAUGUGUCCCAACUUACAAUUAAUACAGCUAUUGUGUACAUGCAUCGAUUCUACAUGGUCCAGUCAUUCACCAGGUUUCACAGAAAUGUUAUUUCUCCUGCCGCACUCUUCCUCGCUGCAAAGGUCGAGGAGCAGCCCCGCAAACUGGAACACGUUAUCAAGGUGGCCCAUGCAUGCCUCAAUCCUCAGGAUCCCUCACCAGAUGUCCGCAGUGAUGCCUACCUGCAACAAGCCCAAGACCUGGUCAUUCUUGAGAGCAUAAUACUCCAGACCUUGGCUUUUGAAAUCACCAUUGACCAUCCACAUACUCAUGUUGUCAAGUGCACUCAGCUCGUAAGAGUUGUUCCAGCUAGUAAGGAUCUGGCUCAAACAUCAUACUUCAUGGCCACCAACAGUCUGCACUUGACCACAUUCUGCCUGCAGUACAGCCCGCCCGUUGUGGCCUGUGUGUGCAUCCACCUUGCCUGCAAAUGGUCCAACUGGGAGAUCCCCGUGUCCACAGACGGCAAACACUGGUGGGAGUAUGUUGAUCCCACAGUUACCCUCGAGCUGCUGGAUGAGCUCACACACGAGUUUCUGCAGAUUCUGGAGAAAACACCUAGCCGGUUGAAACGGAUUCGCAACUGGAAGGCUGGAGGUCAGACGCCAAAAGCCAAGCCAAAGGUCCAGGAGGAGGGUGACCAGAGGGACACUAUGAUGAGCAUGAUUUCUAUGGCCUCAUCAGAGACCACUGUGGCGGGCCUGAUGAGCCUCUCAGCACCACCUUCUGCCUCUUCUUCCUCAUCCAUGGGUGACAAAGACAGCGGUGCAUCUGGUAGCACUCAGACUUGGAGUGGAAAAGGUCAGGCUGGAUCUGAGCAGCAGCCCAACAACGAGGUUCACGUCCCAGCUAAGGUGUCACUGAGUGAGUACCGUGCCAAGAACGCAGAUGUCCUGGCCGCCCAGAAGAGGAAGCUAGAGAACAUGGAGGCCAGCGUGAAGAGGGAAUAUGCCAAUGCUGCCCAGGCUCUCAUUGGUCAACAGAGGAAGGAGAAGCAGCAUCAUCACCAGCAGUCCAGCUCCUCCUCCUCUUCUGACAUGUCCACGCCGUCACCAAUUAUUCUGAAAAUCCCCCUUGAGAAGGAGAGGCACGACAGGAGCUCUCUUAAAAUGCGUUUACCCCUAGCUGGCGGAGGAGGCAGCGGCAGCGCCCGAGGUCAGGAACAGGACAUUAAAGUCAGAAUACGAGUGCCUGAGAAGCAAAGGGGGAGUUCAGGAGAGGAGGGCAAGAGCAGGGACAAGCACAGGGAACGGUCUAACCACCACCACAAUCAUCACCACCACCAUCACCAUUCUUCCUCUAGCGGCGCCUCACUCUCCUCUUCACACAAACAUUCAUCUAGUUCCAGUGGGGCAUUAGGAAGCAGCAAAAAAGUCCCCAGCGACUCUUCUAGAACAAGCUCUUCGUCUUCUUCUGCCUCACGUAAGAGGACACACUCCCAAGAUCCCACAGCAGGCUCUCACCCUGCCUCGAAAGUCAGUAAGUCCUCUAGGAAUCUCUACCAGCUACCGUCCCUGUCUUCCUCCUCUGGGCAAACUCUGGGGCAAGGUCCUGACAUUCUCCCCGCUCUGGGCCUUCCCCACCACCAAGGGAGCUAUUCGCACUCUAAAGGCGACAAGACGGACACUAAUGGGCAUGGUGCAACAGGCGGAGCCCAGUCAAACGAGUACCAGGACACUUUUGAAAUGCUAAACUCGCUUCUGAGCGCACAAGGGGUCCAGCCGGCCCAGCCGGCCAUGUUGUUUGACUAUAGAUCCCAAUAUGGGGACUACAGGUACAGUGGUGGCUCCAGAGGGAACAACGCUAGGCCCCCACCCCUGCCUUCAGAACCACCUCCCCCACUGCCGCCUUUACCCAAAUGAGUUCCUGAUCAUGAGACCCAUAAUGUACCUUGUACUUGACAUCGCAAACAUCCAUCUUGUUACAUAAAGUAUUGUUUUUUGUUUUGUUUUUAACUCACCCAAUCUUUUAUAGGCAUCAGUGUGACAGCAGUGAAAUGUACUGGUGAGGUAAAUGAGUUUUCAGCAUUUUUCUUUUUACAGUUCACGUUUAGGGCAAUAAUGAGAGGCUUUUAAAGCUUGCAAAAUGUGAGGAAAAAAUUUACAAGAAAGUGUAGAUAUUUUUUUUCUCGUGUGAAAUGUGAUGAUGGGACCUGGUAUUUUUACCAUCGCUGUUUUUGGAGGAAGGCGUUGUCUUGAAAUCAUGAGGAAACAGAUUUUCAUUACAUACCUGUUGGGUCCGAUUGUCUUUUUAUAAUGUUUUUAUAGGAUGUUAUUUAUUAAUUGAAUGUUUUUUAAAAAAAAAAGAAGAAGAAGAAAAAAGAAAAACAUGAUCCCGUUUUAUACCUUUUUUAAGGUUUCCUCUCUUUGUUCUUUUUGGGCAGAGGGACAUUAAAACUGUACAGGCAGGUUUGAGAGUGCAUGUAUCCAAAGUUAAUAUUUUUGUCUUUUAAUUUUUAUUAACACCAUCACCUAAAAAAAAAAUAGGUGAUUGUCCUGCCCCUGGUGUUUUAACUGUUUUAUUUCCAGCAUUAUUUGGUAAACUUGUACAAAGAUUGUAAAAUGUUUAAAACACAUGAAAUAUUUUUUACAUUUUGUUAUGAAAAAAUGCAACAAAAAAAUAUGAAGCUUGUACUUUUUGUUUAAAGUUUUUGUUUAGAUUUUGAGUGUUGCAGUCAUUGUUUUAAAUGGUUGUAAAAUAUUCACAUUCAGUUCUCUAAUGAUUACACUAAUGGACAAAGUUCAUACCAACAAUAUACAUGUAUGGUUUAUCAAAGAGUUCAAACAUAUCUCCUCGGUAUGGUCACAAUGAAGGAAUUGCCAACAACAACAAAAAGUCCCUCUAGAGAAGAAAUGUGAAUUUUAAUUCCUGUCACGUAAUUGUCACUUGUACAUCAGUUUCCUCUUGGGGGCAAGUAGUUUACGGUGAUCACAGCUAAAUGCAAAAACAGAAAAAGGAGGCACGUACUAAAGUUCAAGUGGCAUUGACACCAGCAGUGAUAAGUCAGCCUGAAACUGCCGUUAAAAAUAGUUUGAGGUGACCAUAUCGAGAAGGGACAACAAAGUAAAAGUACACAGUAUCAAAGACUAAUCAAACGCCAUAUGUCUGUCUGUGUGGUCAUCUUUCGUUUAUGCGUUUUCUUUUGGGUAUGUUUUUAAUGUGUAAACCCCAGUGUACACCUGUCAGUUCAUGCUGGCCUGAGAUUUAAUCAUGUUUAAAGCUGUCUUUUGACUCCAUACCUUCAAAUUAAAUUGGUGGAUAUUCAGCUUCA